CCCUGCUGGUUUCCUCUUCGCCCUAUAAAAGUCCCGAUGUUCAAGUUCAGCGAUCAGAACCGGAUGGCCGCUCCCUGCCCAGACCAACAAGCGACUCCGAGCAAGUAGCGGCACCUUCGGAUUCCCUUCUCGCCAUGGGACCCACCCGCUGGGGAUUCUGCUCCGCCGGGAAGAUCAGCCACGACUUCCUGGUGGCCAUGAAGACUCUGCCCCCGGAGGACCAUCAGGUGGCAGCCAUCGCUUCUCGGGAACUCAGCCGGGCGCAGAAAUAUGCCCAGACCCACAACAUCCCUAGGGCCUAUGGCUCUUAUGCAGAACUGGCUCAGGAUCCAGAAGUCGAUGUGGUGCAUGUGGGGGUGAUCCAUCCCUUUCAUCUCCCAUCUACCCUCCUCUUCAUUGAGGCCGGGAAGAAUGUGCUGUGUGAGAAACCAAUGGGCAUGAACACUGCAGAAGUCAAGGUGAUGGUGCGGGCAGCCCGGGAAAAGGGGGUCUUCCUCAUGGAGGGUGUCUGGAGCCGUUUUUUCCCUGCUUCAGAGAAGCUCUGCUCCCUGUUGAAGCAAGGGACCCUUGGGGAGGUGAUGGUGGUUCAUGCCGACUUUGGAGGCCCUCAGCUAACGAUCCCUCGGUGUAUAGAGAAAGAGCUGGGCGGAGGUGGCUUGUUGGAUAUUGGCAUCUACUGUGUCCAGUUUGCCUGCAUGAUCUUCAAAGGAGAGAAGCCCGAGUCCAUUGUGGCCUCUGGGUUUUUGCAUGACACAGGGGUAGACAAAACGGGUUCUAUCAUCCUGAACUUCUCAGGCGGUCGCCAAGCUGUCCUCACCUACACCAUGACCAUCAAGCUGCCCAAUGCAGCAAGCGUCAGUGGCACCAAAGGGAUCAUCCAGAUCCCAGGCUUUUUCUGGUGCCCAGUACAGCUGGUUGUCAAUGGGAAGAGUGAAGAAUUCCCUCUUCCCCCUCCCUCUCAACAAUUGCACUAUUCCAACAGCACUGGUCUGCGUUAUGAAGCUGAACAUGUUCGACAAUGUCUCCUCCAAGGCUUGAAGGAGAGCCCCAUCAUGUCCCAUGCAGACAGUGAGCUGCUCCACUCCAUCCUGGACGAAGUUCGUAGGCAGCUGGGGCUGUCAUAUGCCCAGGACCAAGCCUACUGUGUCCUUUGAACAUUUUUUUGUGCCUGCAAGCAGAGAAAAAGAAUUAUGCAGUAAAACAGAUAGCAUAGA